AUGAACAGAAUCGGCGGUGUCACGCAUUUUAUUAAAAUCAACAAUAGCCAACAAAGGAGCACCAACAAACAGAAGGCUGUUGUGGAAAAUCAGAUAUCGAGUACAAUGAAUCAUUCACCAAAGUCACUUGUGAAUAAUUUUCCGUCAGAUAGUCGUCAAGUCCCCAGUGAAGAUCUGAUAAACUCAGACAAAAAUAAAUCUUGUCUCAAGAGAUUUAUUUCAAGGAGAGUGUUAAUAGUGUUAGCGAUUGUAUUAUCCUGUGUUUUGGUAGCAUGUCUUACUUACACAUUUUAUGGACGAAAAUAUCCAUAG